GGGGACUUUCUCCGGUGCCUGGAAACAGUCCCUGGGGCAGCCCUGGGCUCUGCCGACACCAGCCCCUGAGCCGGAGCCUGCAGAUCUCUCCGAUGGAGCCAGGGGAGGAGCCGGGCCCCUUGGAUGCAGAGGAAGGGGAGAUCGUGAGAGGCACCUGCACAAAGGAUGGGAUGGUGAAGAUAAAGGAGGAGAAUUGUCUGGAGGAAGCAAAAUCACAUUUGAGUUUAUCGGGAAUGUUGGCAGGGAAAGUUUCCUCGAGUCCUGAGCAGGUGGCGGAAUGUGACUCUCAAUGCAUAUCAGACAGUCAGGAAAAAAUUCCUGGAGAGACAUCACAGGGUAAAGCCGCUUCCACUGGCAGAGUUCUCAGGAAAACUAAAAAUAACAAAGCCCAUCAGAGAAUUAACACUACAGAGAAACCUUAUAACUGCCCUGAGUGUGGCCAAAGCUUCAGUGUGAGCUCAGACCAUACUGUGCAUCAGACAAUCCACACUGAUGAGAGACUCUAUAAAUGCAUGGAGUGUGGGGAAAUCUUCAAUCGGAAAUCAAUCCUUGUUACUCACCAGAGAAUCCACACUGGAGAGAAGCCUUAUAAGUGCCAUGACUGUGGGAAAAGCUUCCAUCAGAACUCAACACUUAGGACACAUGAGAAAAUCCACAGGGCAGAGAAACCCUAUGAGUGCCUACAAUGUGGGAAAAGCUUCCAAGUGCGCUCCUACCUUCUUAUGCACAAGAGGACCCACACUAUAGAUAAACCCUUUAAAUGCUCCAACUGUGGGAAAAGCUUCUGUGCAAGCUCUGACCUUACGAAACAUCAGAGAACCCACACAGGAGAGAGACCCUAUAAAUGCCCCGACUGUGGGAAAAGCUUCAGUGACUGCUCAGCCUUUAUAAAACACAAGAAAAUCCAUGUGGCAGAGAAACCCUACAAGUGCCCUGACUGUGGGAAAAGCUUCAUCCUCCGCUCAUGCCUUAUUAGACACCAGAGAAUCCACAGUGGUGCUAAACCUUAUACAUGCCCCAACUGUGGGAAAAGCUUUCGUCUGAGCUCAACCCUUUGUACUCAUCGGAAAAUUCAUACAUCAGAGAAACCCUAUGAGUGCCUCAAAUGUGGGAAAAGAUUCUGAGUGAGCUCCCACCUUCUUACACAUGAGAGGAUUCAUACUGUAGAUAAACCUUAUAAAUGCCCCGACUGUGGGAAAAGCUUCAAUGUGAGGUCCUACCUUAUCAAACAUCAAAGAAUCCACAUGGGAGAGAGACCCUUUAAAUGCCUUGAGUGCGGGAAAAGCUUCAAUCGCAGAUCAACUCUUAUCACCCAUCAGAGAAUCCACACUGGAGAGAAGCCCUAUAAAAGUCCUGAUUGUGGGAAAAGCUUCAGUGUGAACUCAGACCUCAUUGUACAUCAGAGACUCCACACGGGAGAAAGACCCUAUAAGUGCCUUGACUGUGGGAAAACUUUCUGUCUGAGCUCACACCUUACUAGACAUCGGAGAAGCCACACCGGUGAGAGACCCUAUAAAUGCCUGGUCUGUGGGGAAAACUUCAGUGACUGCUCAGGACUCAUUAAACACAGGAGAAACCACACAGGAGAAGAACCUUAUAAAUGCCCUGAGUUUGGGAAAAACUUUAGUGUGAAUUCAGCCCUUAUUGUACAUCAAAGAACCCACACGGGAGAGAGACCCUAUAAAUGCCUUGUCUGUGGGAAGAGCUUCAGUGACUGCUCAGGACUCAUUAAACACAGGAGAAUCCACACAGAAGAGAAACCUUAUAAAUGCCCCGAAUGUGGGAAAAGUUUCAGUGACAGUUCAAGCCUUAUUAAACAUAAGACAAUCCACACAGGAGAGAGAAUCUAUAAAUGCCCUGAAUGUGGGAAAAGCUUUAGUCACAGCUCAGCCCUUUUGAAACACCAAAGAAUCCACACAGGAGAGAGACCCUUUAAAUGCCUGGACUGUGGGAACAGGUUCACGGACAGUUCAGCCCUCCGGAGACACCGGCGAAUCCACUCAGAAGACAGGCCCUCUAAAUGCCCAGACUGUGGGGAACGAUUCAGUGUGACCUCAGGCCUUAUUAGACACCAGAAAAUUCACACUGAGGAGAGACCUUUUAAAUGUAGUGAGUGUGGGAAAAGCUUCCAGUCAAACUCACUUCUUAAAACACAUGAGAGGAUGCAUACGGGAGAAAAACCAUAUAAAUGCCCCAAGUGUGGGAAAAGCUUCCGUCAGAGCUCCCACCUUAUAAGGCAUCAGAAUAUACACAUGGAAUAGGUGUUCACAAUGUUUUUCAUUGUUGCUUUUGUUAUGGUGUUUCUCACAGUUCUGCUACACUCAGUCAAAUGGGGAUGAUGGGAUCUAUGCUUGACUGGGUUUUACAGGGUACCCGCUAUGGAUUUAAAGGGUCUGUGCCAUGCCCUGGCCACAAAGGCAGGCCCCCUGGCCUCAACACCUCCAAGACUGAGCCUUUGGACUCCAGCACUCCUGUUCCUCACUUUGAGCUCUGCCCAGUGAAUCCAUCUAAGGUAGACUCCUGGUCUGAGACCUCCACCCCUCCUCCGCCCCCAGGGAUCAAUGCACUUCAGGUGGUGUUGGUAGCAACACCAGGCAGGUGUUUUCCAAACAGGAUAGGUUUAAAUUAUCAACUGGGAUACAGUAUCAGGAAGUCCUUAGGUUAACUUAGGCCAUACCUACACUACCACAUAUGUUGGCAAAACUUACAUCGCUCAGGGGUGUGAAAAAAACACAGCCCUGAGCAACAGAAAUUUCACCGUGUGUGCACAGUGCUAUGUCAGUGGGAGAAGUUGUCGUUGGGGGUGGUUUUAAUUAUGUUGAUGGGUGAGAGCUCUUCCGUUGGCAUAGGGUGGUUACUUGAGAGAUCUUACAAUGGUGCUGCUGCAUCGGUACAGAUGUGCUGCUGUAAGCUCUCUAGUGUAGACAUAGCCUUAGAGAAGCAAAGGUUAAAACCAAGUUCAGACUGGUCAAAGCCAUGGCUUCACAAAUCCAUGCUGUUGUAGGAUUCAUCUUCUUUCUCUGUCCUUCUAUCUCUCAGUCCUGAAUGAGAACUCCUACGUGUCUGUGAACCUUCUUCUUAAACAAUGAUCCCUGACACCUCUUGUCUCUGUUCUCUGGAAAAAGCGAUGCUGUGUUCACACAUUCAGCCUGCUUGAACCGCCUGUUGUUAAGUGUUAAUGUGUGUCAUUGUCUCUUCUGUAUCCUCCACUGGUAUGUUUUGGUUCCAGCCAGCUCCUGAGGGUGCAUUCAUGCCAACGCAGAGAGAUCAAACAUCAUACGUCUCCUUCCCUGUUCCAGGAGAAGCAUUUUAUUCUCUCUGCAUCCAAUGAGUAACAAUGCAAAGACAGAUGGCCAACUGAGACUCAUAUUGGUCAUAAAAAUAUCGCAGAAAAUUCCCACAUUCAUUAUAGAUGGGUCCUGGGGCACUGAGAGAUUGGUGAUCUGGGAAGCAAAAUGGAGAGUGCUGGGGAAUAUAAUAUUUGGAAGUUGGGUUGUUGCUGGAUGGGCACAGGCAAUGGGCGAGGGUGGUUGGGUGCUGGUGGGUGGGUUACUUGGAAUCUGAGAUAGGAGAACUGUCCUGAACUCUAAAUGUUUUCCUUCUCCAACAGAGAAUGAAAAGCAAUAUACCCCCAACUUCCAUCCAACUCAUGGUCUGUUACAAAACCUCAGCAGUGACUGUUAAAGCAGAUUAAGUUCUCAAAUACACAGGCUGUGGAAGAGUCAGAUAUGUUCAACUGUUGAUACUUGAGAGUACGACUUCACCAGUCAGGCUAUGCAGAGGGUUGAAUGGGGUGAAUGUUUCUUUUUGGUGUCUGUUAGCAAUGGAAGUGAAAGCCUUAUGGAGCAUUGGUGCAUGUUAUCCACAGUGUUGUAGCUGAUAUGAAGGUGGCAAGGAAUACAGGAGUCUUUUCCUUCUAAUUCCCAUGUUUUAAGGUGACUGGCAUAUGUUCUGAUGCCACCUUAGCUGUCACUAAAUGCAGUUUUCUUUGUGCUACUUAUAUAUAGAAACUUUCAAACAAAUGUUUUUCCCUAAUAUUCUGAGCUCACGUUUUUUCUCCUCCGUCCCAAAACCCUGAUUUUUCGAGUAGAAGUGGCUCAUGGUAGGUAGUGUUCAAGUCAAGCCAGCCUUUACAAAUCAUUUUUCAAAGUGAAAAAUGCUCUCCAACAUCUUCUUACUGGUUCCUUUUUGUUGUCUCUGUCCAUCAUUUCUGUUGCAACCAAAGUCUAACUUUCAGCCCCUCCCUCUUCUGUCUUCAAAAAUAAAACUUCUCGCCUUCUAAAAAAUGCUAGUGAACUCUCUGUGGGAGGGAGAAAAUGUCCAGAACAUGUCAAAAAAAAUGUUUUUGAGGAGAAGAAGACCUCCCCCUCCCAAGGACCUCCUUGAAAUUUUGAUCACAUGUAGGUGCUGCGUAUGGCAACAGAAAGAGUUUUUCUGAUGACAUAGGGAGUGUCUACACUGCAAUGCAAGCCCAGGGUUAGCGGGACUCGAGUCAGCAGAUGCUGCGUUUGAGAAACAAGGGUUUGAACAUUUGCACUGAUUGCCAAACCCAGGUUUAGAAUUUUUUAGCAUCCACACUGCAGUACACAGAUCUGAGUCCAACCAACCAGAUAGCAGACUUCCUAGCACUCUCUGGAAGUGUGGCUGGUCUAGAUCUUCAUUCCUGGUGCGGCGUGGGAAAUCUUAACUAUCCACACUGCACAUUGCAGGAAGUUUGAACAGCCACCAAGACAUCCUGCCAAAUCGUCAUUUUGAUCUGUGUGCUUCCAGAAACUGGAGCCAGCAACAUGAAGGAGUAGACCAGGGGUAGUCAAUAGGUGCCCUGUGGUCCAAAUCCGAACCGCCAUAGUCUUUUCAGCGGACUGUGGGGGGCGCUGGAGCUUACGGCUUCAGUCCCGCUGGCACUCGUGCCAGAAUUUGGGGCUUGAGCCCUGCGAGGAUCCCCGUGCACCCCAGCGCGCCAGUCAGGGCUCCAUUUAGAGAGGGUAGGGAGAACACCUGUCCCCGAGAGUUUCGAGUCAGCCCUGGGCAUCUGCCACUGUGGCUUGCUGUGCUUGUCACAACCUUUGUGAAGCCAGAGGUGGGCCAUUUACUCCUGAAUGGACCUAGGAUGAUGAUGGGCCACUGCACUGGUGCACUCAGCGACCACAGCUGGAUCUGGAUGUACCCAGGCAACGGAAAUCAGGGGUGCUUUGUGCUCUUGCAUUAUGGAUGCGCAUGGGCCAAUGGAAGAAGGAGAAUAGUACCUCUAUGAAUGGGCUUGUGUUUGGGGAGUGGGGUGACAUUGAUUGCUUUUAUGGGAGGGGAAGUUGAUUGCCACGAAUUGUACUUUUGAAUGAUGUGACCACUUAUGAAAUAGGAUUGGGGGGAGGAAGCAGUGUGGAUUGAUGUAUAUAGCUGUAUCGAGACCUGUGUUUUGCUUAGAACUUCCCAGUUGUCCCUGAUCAUGUGUUUCCCUUUAUUAUUUGAAAUACACCUUUAUACGAUGUGUUGCAGUGAUGGCGAUACAAUUCUUUAUUGAAUAAAAAACCUUUAUUUUUACACAUGAAUUGGAAAAGCACAAUAUUAAACCCUUGUCUGCCCAGCCAGCUUUGCCACUAGCCCACCAAAACACCAGCAACACCACAAGCUCUAAAAGUAACCAAGAACAAAGUGCAUAAACAAGUGCAAACGGAUGAGCUAUGUACAAGACCUCCCCCUCUACCCCCACACUAUUGCUUGUCCCUGGCUCCCUGUUCUCCUUCCCCCUCCUUCGAUGUUUGCCACACACUUGGUGCUGAGGCAGGGGGGUGAAGGCGUUCACAGGAGAGGGGUUCAGCACUGAGGACUCCACGGGGCACAGCUGUCCUGUCCAGAUGCUCAUAGGUCCCAACUGCACUGGCCACCCAGCCAUGAAGUUGUCCAAGCUGUUUCUGGCACGCAGGCCAGGAUACUGCAGUGAGCAUGCAGAACCAUGGUGUGGGUGCUGCAGGAGUCUGUGCCUUUGCAGCCAUUAGAGACAGUAGCCACUCAAACGGUUCUCUCUCUGGUGUGUUUUAUCUUCCUCCCUUAACUGCCGUUCUUGUUCCAGCGACUGUGAAGUGAGUGCCUGCUGUUACCCUAUCCUCAUGCUGCAAAGCCAGCCCAAGCCUUUCCCAUGUCUUUCCUCUUGCUGCAAGUCCCUUUGCCUUUGGCACUCGACUGCAUGUUGGCCCCAUCCAGAAUAUCAACCAUCAGUUCAUCAUGAAAACGCUUCCUCUUGGAACAGUCUGCGAAGGCACAGGGAGCCAGGCUUCUGCAAGUAUGGGCAAGCUGUGGAGGUAUGAAUAUAAGAACAGCCAUACUGAGUCAGACCAAAGGUCCAUCUAGCCCAGUGUCCUGUCUUCAGACAGCGGCCAAUGCUAGGUGUCCCAGAGGGAAUGAACCGAACAGGCAAUCAUCAUGUGAUCAAUCCCCUGUCACCCAUUCCCAGCUUCCGGCAAACAGAGGCUAGGGACAGCAUCCCUGCCCAUCUUGGCUAAUGGCCAUUGAUGGACCUAUCCUCCAUGAAUUUAUCUAGUUCUUUUUUGAACCCUGGAGCCUGCAGAGGCUGAGGAGCCAGGACCAGGACCAGACACAGAGGGUUAUGGUCUCGAAUAGCUCAGUGAAGGAGCACAGAAAAAAAUCCUUUUGGAAGUUUAAGAACAAAAAAUGUUCCUCUUUUUUUUUUUAACUGAACUUCCAUGUAUUGGCAGAGGGCUGCUUCAGACCCUGAACGCUGCCGGGACACAGCCGGGUUUAUUGAGAGAACGGCAAGUUUAACAUCACAAUGCUUUUAAAAAAAAUUAUUUCAACUAAAUGGAGUUGGGGGGAAGGUUGGUGGCGGUGCAGCGCGACAUCAGCCUUCUCUCUCAUUUCAGACAUUGCACGUUUUGGAGGACAUUGGUGUUCUCGUGGUGCCUGGCUGGUGUUAUUCCAAGCAGCCAGUGGGAAGCCAGGCAUGUGUGCCACUGAAGUAUUCAAACGUAGGGUGACUGAACCACACAUCUACAUGUGGAGUGGGCUGGUGAGCUAUAUGGUGGCUCUGGAAAAAUAUGCCCUGCUUCCUUGAAAUCAUAGAAUCAUAGAAUCAUAGAAUAUCAGGGUUGGAAGGGACCCCUGAAGGUCAUCUAGUCCAACCCCCCGCUCGAAGCAGGACCAAUUCCCAGUUAAAUCAUCCCAGCCAGGGCUUUGUCAAGCCUGACCUUAAAAACCUCUAAGAAAGGAGAUUCUACCACCUCCCUAGGUAACGCAUUCCAGUGUUUCACCACCCUCUUAGUGAAAAAGUUUUUCCUAAUAUCCAAUCUAAACCUCCCCCACUGCAACUUGAGACCAUUACUCCUCGUUCUGUCAUCUGCUACCAUUGAGAACAGUCUAGAGCCAUCCUCUUUGGAACCCCCUUUCAGGUAGUUGAAAGCAGCUAUCAAAUCCCCCCUCAUUCUUCUCUUCUGCAGGCUAAACAAUCCCA